CGUUAUGUUUUUCAGUGUCGGGUGGAGCCUCUGUCUCAGUCUACAUCUCGUUGCAUCUCUGCGGGAAGGAGUUCUUUUUUUUUUUUUUUUUUUGGAAAGGGGGGGGUAGUUUUUCCCUUGCCGGUUUAUCGCCGGAAAGACUUUGGAAUACACCGAAAUAUGACGACGACGACCACUUUUCAAGGAAUGGACCCCGGUGCUAAAAACAGUUCCAGGGUACUACGGCCACCAGGAGGAGAUUCCAGUUUUUCUUUUGGCACAGAUGAAAACACAACCCCCCAGCGCAAGAACAAGAUGGCCUCCAGCAUCUUUGCAGAGCCAGAUGACCCUCAUGCUCAUCGGAGGAAUAAUCCACCAAGUGGGGCACCCACAGGGACUCUGUGUGGGGAACCCUCUGCUCCACUAAGGCGGUGCCAGCAGCCUCUUCUCUUCCCUAAAAACCCUGAGCCGGAACUGACCACCAUCCACAACUCUGGUGCAGCUUUGAUCUGGAGCCAGAGGCGAGAGGCUGAGAAUGGCCAAGAACAAGCAAGUAAUGACUUUGCAGAUUGUCCUGAGGAUCCUGAAGAAGAACAGGAGGAGGAGCAGAAGGCGACGCCGCAGCCUUCUACCCCAUCAGCAGGUGCCAACGCAGCCGCCGGUAGUGGCAGAAACCCACCAGGUGGCAAAUCUAGCCUGAUCCUGGGUUGAGACCACUCUUGAUUUUUCAUCUGAACACUUUUUUUAUUUUAUUCUUUUUUUCUUUUCUUUUUUAAGAAUAUCCCACCUGUUCCUCCUCAUCAGCCAAGCUACCUUCUGUCCAUUUAAUUCACCUUCACUCACAUUGCUGUAACCAUGUCUUUUCUCUCCACCUUCAGACAUUUUUGUUUUGAUCCUUUUUUUCUAUAAAAAAGAAAACUGUUGAUAAAAGCACUUUAUGUAUCUCAAAUCCCGCCCUCCUUCAUUUCAGCCCAUCCUGUAGUGCAUCGCGCCUGCUGGGAAAGGCAUGCCCUUUAGCUUGUCUCUCAUUCUUCCCUGUUGUAAAUGGUAAAGGAAAAAAGAUUUGAUGCGUGGAUUUCUAAAUACAAUAAAGAUUGAUAUGAAUUUGC